CGUGAUCGUGAUAGCAUAUAUAAAAUUGAAUGCCCAUAUGAUACGUGAAAACUGUGCCAGCAGAAAUUGAUAAUUAUUUCAAAUACAGCAUCAAUCACCGCGAUAACCCGAGAAACCGCAGCAUUUGAGCUACGUUAAGCGUAAAAACGCAAGCAAUCAAAGUGAAUUCCAUCUGCUGUCGUGCAGUAUAUAUGUAAAAAUACAAAAAAAAACACAAUAAAGUGCAACUGAGGAAAGUGAAUGCAAAGUGAAUGAAAUAAAUUCGAACUGCGGCAGAGAAGUGAGUGAGUGAGCCAAGUUUAAGGAACCGCGACGGCAGCCGAGAAUCAUGAGCGAGAAACGAAUCGCACACAAAACUGUCAUCAAAUGACAAAUGCUUGACAGCAUCAAUCAACAAAAGCGACGACAGCAACGAUGGCAGCGCGUUGCCGGUGGAGCUGGCGCCUGGCGCUCUGCUUUCUGCUGCUGCUCCGACUGGCGAUGGGCCAUGAUGAUGAAACCAAAGAAAAUUCCGCCUCGGGCGGGGGAAAUCGCCAGGAGCAACAGCCAUACGUCCACCUGCAGCAUCAGCAACAUCAACCAAAUAGCGAACAACUUAGCCAACUAACUGUGAAUAGCAGCUCUACAACCGCCACUGCCACGCCCACGGGCAUCAGGGAGAACGUCAUGCUGCCCUCGGCGGAUCCCGAAAGGGAGGCCCAGAUCCUGUACGAGAAGUCCUUGCAGGAGUAUCACGGCAGCCAGCUGACCACCGCCUCCACCUCCACCUCCUCCGCCGACGUCAUCGGAGGUAAGCGAACGCUUCACGCGGUCUGCGAGCGCUGGCUGCAGAAGCACUGUCACUGCACCGGCAGCCUGGAGGUCCUGCGGCUCAGCUGCCGCGGCAUCGGCAUCCUGGCGGUGCCCGUCAACCUGCCCAACGAAGUGGUCGUCCUAGAUUUGGGCAACAACAACUUAACCAAGCUGGAGGCAAACUCAUUUUUUAUGGCACCCAAUCUGGAGGAGCUAACUUUGUCCGACAAUAGCAUCAUUAAUAUGGAUCCCAAUGCAUUCUAUGGCCUGGGCAAAUUGAAACGAUUGAGCCUGCAGAACUGUGGCCUCAAGUCCCUGCCGCCGCAGUCGUUCCAAGGACUCGCCCAGCUGACCAGCCUACAGCUGAAUGGCAACGCCCUGGUCAGCCUGGAUGGGGAUUGUCUGGGCCACCUGCAGAAACUGCGCACCUUGCGAUUGGAGGGCAAUCUCUUCUAUCGCAUUCCCACGAACGCGCUGGCCGGACUCAGAACGCUCGAAGCACUCAAUUUGGGCAGCAAUUUGUUGACAAUAAUAAACGACGAGGACUUUCCGCGAAUGCCAAACUUGAUCGUGCUUUUGCUGAAGCGAAACCAAAUCAUGAAAAUCUCCGCGGGAGCUCUAAAAAAUUUAACCGCCUUAAAAGUUUUAGAGCUGGACGAUAAUUUAAUAAGCAGUCUGCCCGAGGGACUCAGCAAAUUGUCGCAACUGCAGGAGCUUUCCAUCACCAGCAAUCGACUGCGUUGGAUAAACGACACUGAGCUGCCCAGGAGCAUGCAAAUGCUGGACAUGAGGGCCAAUCCCCUGUCGACCAUUUCGACAGGGGCAUUUCGGGGAAUGACCAAGUUGCGGAAGCUGAUUUUAUCGGAUGUGCGAACUUUGCGCUCGUUUCCUGAGCUGGAGGCCUGUCAUGCCCUGGAGAUACUGAAACUGGAUCGUGCCGGCAUUCAGGAGGUGCCAACGAAUCUGUGCCGUCAAACGCCAAGACUGAAGAGUUUAGAACUUAAAACCAAUUCCCUUAAACGCAUCCCAAAUUUAAGUAGCUGCAGAGACUUAAGGCUGUUAGAUCUAUCGAGCAAUCAAAUUGAAACGAUUCAGGGAAAGCCCUUCAACGGACUCAAGCAGUUGCACGAUCUGUUGCUCUCCUACAAUCGCAUCAAGGCGCUGCCCCAGGAUGCCUUUCAGGGCAUUCCCAAGCUCCAGCUGCUUGACCUGGAGGGUAACGAGAUCUCGCACAUACACAAGGAGGCCUUCGCUGGCUUCACAGCCCUCGAGGAUCUCAAUUUGGGCAACAACAUUUUUCCCGAGCUCCCCGAAUCGGGACUGCGUGCUCUGCUCCACCUAAAGACCUUUAAUAAUCCAAAGCUAAGGGAAUUUCCGCCACCCGACACCUUUCCACGGAUCCAAACGCUCAUACUCUCGUAUGCCUACCACUGCUGCGCUUUUCUGCCACUGGUGGCCAUGUCGUCGCAAAAGAAAACCUCCCAGGUCCAAGAGGCUGUGCUCUUUCCCUCCGACGCGGAGUUCGAUAUGACUUUGUGGAACAACAGCAUGAUGAAUAUCUGGCCACAAAUGCACAAUCUCAGCAAGCAGCUGGGUGCCGCCAUGCAGGAUCCCUGGGAGGCGGCGGCCAACUUCAACGAGGAGCAGCUGCAGUCGCAGACGGGCGGCCAGAUCGCCACCAGCUACAUGGAAGAGUACUUCGAGGAGCACGAGGUGAGUGGUCCGGCCACGGGCUAUGGCUUCGGAACGGGCCUCUUCUCCGGCAUGACCGCCGAGGACUUUCAGCCGGGUGCGGUUCAGUGCCUGCCGAUGCCGGGACCCUUUCUGCCCUGCGCCGAUCUCUUCGACUGGUGGACCCUGCGCUGCGGCGUCUGGGUGGUUUUCCUUUUGUCACUUCUUGGCAACGGCACCGUGGUCUUUGUGCUCCUCUGCUCGCGCUCCAAGAUGGAUGUGCCGCGCUUCCUGGUCUGCAAUCUGGCCGCGGCGGACUUCUUCAUGGGCAUCUACCUGGGCAUCCUGGCCAUUGUGGAUGCAGCGACGCUGGGCGAGUUCCGGAUGUUCGCCAUUCCGUGGCAGAUGUCCCUGCUCUGCCAGCUGUCCGGUUUCCUCGCCGUCCUCAGCUCCGAGCUGUCGGUCUACACACUGGCGGUGAUCACGCUGGAGCGCAACUAUGCCAUCACCCAUGCCAUUCACCUGAACAAGAGGCUCUCGCUGCGCCAGGCGGGCUACAUAAUGAGUGUGGGUUGGGUCUUUGCCCUCCUCAUGGCAUUGAUGCCUCUGUUGGGAGUCUCGGACUACCGGAAGUUCGCCGUUUGCCUGCCCUUUGAGACCACGACGGGUCCGGCGAGCUUGACCUAUGUGAUCUCGCUGAUGUUCAUCAAUGGGUGUGCUUUCCUCACACUCAUGGGCUGCUACCUCAAGAUGUACUGGGCCAUCAGGGGCAGCCAGGCGUGGAAUACGAAUGAUUCGCGCAUUGCCAAGCGGAUGGCCCUGCUGGUCUUUACGGACUUCCUCUGCUGGUCACCCAUCGCCUUCUUCUCCAUCACGGCCAUCUUUGGUCUGCAGUUGAUUUCUCUGGAACAGGCCAAGAUCUUCACGGUUUUCGUGCUGCCCCUGAAUAGCUGUUGCAAUCCCUUUCUCUAUGCCAUCAUGACCAAGCAGUUUAAGAAGGACUGUGUGACCUUAUGCAAGCAUUUCGAGGAGGCACGCGUAGUGGGUGGUCAGGGUGGACGAGGUGGGGGUGGUGGUGCAGUGGGGCGCACCAAGAGAGGUGGUGAACUGCCGCCAACCCUGUUGCCUGCGGCAGCCGUGGCCCAUCCACCCGGUUGUCGUUGCCUCCGGAUGCUGCCCAGCGAGAUGCCCAACUGGCAUAAGAUGGAGCAGACGCCGAGUUUGUGGCACCGCCUGAGGACCUUCUGCUGCGGCGAGAGUAGGAGGCGUAGAAAGCAGCGACGGCAGCCGCAACAGCGUCGCCAGAGGGCCUAUACCGCCGCAGCUGCCAAUCCGUAUCAGUAUCAGUUUGCGGAACUGAGACAGCAGCAGCGGCAGAAUCGAGCCAGCUCCAUUUCCAGCGAGAACUUCUGCAGCUCUCGAUCCUCCAGCUGGCGGCAUGGUCCACCCUCUUCGGCUCCCUUGGCGCCGGGCUCAUGCGCAAUGCCGCUGAAGAUGCUGGAGCCCCACGGCCACCAACAUGGCCACGGAAGGCGGCGCCACUCCGCCUGGCUAAUCACCCGCAAGACGUCGCAGGACUCGAACCUGUCCAGCUCAAGGAACGACUCCUCCGCCUCGGCCACCACCGCCAGCACCUCCACUUUCCGGCUUUCCCGAUCGAGUGCUGGCAGUAGCACUCCUCUGCCUUCGAUCAUUGCCCACAACGGCAAGGCCCAGUUGGAUGCAGUGAAACCCAGACUGGUCCGCCAGGAAGCGGUGCAGGAGGAAGAGGACUCGUCGCCACCUCGCCUGGGAGUGCGAUUCCUGCCCACCAUUCCCUCGGCCGCCGACAGUUCGGUCAUCAUGGAGGACGGCGACUCGGCCAACACGGGAGCAGCCGGUUUUCUGGGCAUGCCACUUCCCGGAGCAUCCAGUGGCUUCCUCAUUGCGCCCACCACCGACAUCACUGCCACCAGCACCUCACCACCACCGGUGGUGCUGCAGCCGGCGAAGCCACCACCCGAUCCCAACGACGCACCACCAUGAUGGUGGGACUGGAGCUGGCGGGGAUUGGG